AUGUCUACAUUCAAGAUUAUAAAGGCAGAUGGAGAAGAGCGCAGGGUAUCAGGUUAUAAAUAUGUACAGCCACCUGCUAGCUCUAAACAGUUUGUUAGUAUGAGGUUGGGCAACACUGCUUUGCCAGCAUCAGUUGAUCUACGUCAGCAUAUGACCGAUGUAGAGGACCAAGAAACUACCAAUAGUUGUGUGGCCAAUGCCGUUGCUGGCGCCUACGAGUACCUUAUCAAGAGAUAUCACAAUGAUGAUCAAUACGACGUGAGCCGUCUAUUCAUCUAUUAUAACGCUCGUGGACUUGAAGGUGAUGGCGAGAUCGAGGAUGAAGGAUCAAUCAUCAGCUACGCCAUCGAGGGCUUGAAGAAGUAUGGUGCGCCAUCAGAGGAGAUCUGGCCAUUCGAUGUUGACAAGGUCAAUGAGGUGCCCCACCAAGAGGCCUACGAAGAGGCCGCCCAGUUCCUGAUCGAGGACACUGAGUUGGUGCCAACCGACUUGACUGCAUGGAAGAAGUGUCUGGCCGAGGGCAACCCCAUCAUCUUUGGCAUGAGUCUCUACAACUCAUUCGACUCGCACCGCAAGAAGGGACUGGUACCAGUGCCCUCGCCAAACGAAGAGACACGUGGAUCACACGGUGGACAUGCCAUGCUCUGUGUUGGCUACAAUGACACUGACCAAGUAUUCAUCAUCCGUAACUCUUGGGGUUCAACUUGGGGAGACAAUGGCUACUGCUACAUCCCCUACAGGUACUUGAUAAGCAAGAAACAUAAUUGUGGCGACAGUUGGAUUAUCAAGAGACUUGAGGUGCUGGACCUGGACGAGGAGGCAUGGGGCGAUGAUGAGUCCAUAAUGGAGGAUGUCGAGAAUGAGUUGUCAAACAUGACCGACGAGGAAUACGCAGAGUUUAUGGAUGCAAUGGGCGACUCACCAUUUGAAUACCGUCUUGCCCGUCUAUUCCUGCAUGCUGCAUCGGCCGACGAUGAGCUGACCGAGGAGGAGCUGGACGGCAUCACCGACUAUCUUCAACAGGUACUCGAUAGCUUGUGUAUUAAGAUGGGUGCUGGACGACUGCUCAACCGUUGUCUACGCGAUUUCCAGAGAGAGUCUGAUGAAGAUGUCGAGGAAUUCCUUCAAGAGACCAUCGAACUAUUUGCUGAGAACCUAUCCAAGCCAACACUUGGCGGUCUCGUUGCCAAACUGGAAGAAGUCGUCAGUGGUGAUGAUCUUGCCGAUGAAGAGGCUGAGUUCAUUGACAUGUUGGUGGAGCAAUGGCAGAUUGAUGAA